CAGCAGCCGCCGGCGCGGGGGGCGCAGCGGAGCGGCGCGCAGGGCCAUGUCGGCGCCGUGCCUGCGCCUGCCCGCCGCCGGGUCAGCACCGGCGGAGGCGGACAGCGCCGGCGGCAUGGAGCCGCGCGCCGCCGGGGCCGCCGCGCUGGAGCUCGCCCUGGAGGAGGAGCUGGCGCUGCUGUCCGCCGCCGGGGACCCGCCGGAGCCGCCGCCCGCCGCCGCCCGCGACCCCGAGCUGCUCUCGCUCAUCCGCCAGAAGGAGAAGGACCUGGUGCUGGCGGCGCGGCUGGGCAAGGCGCUGCUGGAGCGCAACCAGGACAUGAGCCGGCAGUACGAGAGGAUGCACAAGGAGCUCACCGACAAGCUGGAGCACCUAGAACAAGAGAAACAUGAACUAAGGAGGCGAUUUGAGAACAAAGAAGGAGAAUGGGAAGGAAGGGUGUCUGAACUGGAAAGUGACGUGAAGCAGCUGCAAGAUGAGCUGGAGAGGCAGCAGGUCCACCUGCGUGAAGCCGACCGUGAGAAGACACGGGCUGUCCAGGAACUCUCCGAACAGAACCAAAGACUCCUGGACCAGCUCAGCAGGGCAUCGGAGGUCGAGCGGCAGCUAUCCCUGCAGGUCCACACCCUCCGGGAGGACUUUCGGGAGAAGAACUCCUCCAGCAGCCAACACAUCGUGCGGCUCGAGAGCCUCCAGGCUGAGCAGGUCCUCGAAAUCAAAAUGCUGACGGACAGAAAGCGAGAGCUGGAGCAUCGCCUUAGUGCCAUGAUGGAAGAGAACGACUUGCUCCAGGGAACCGUAGAGGAGCUGCAGGACCGAGUCCUCAUCCUGGAGAGGCAAAGCCAUGACAAGGACCUGCAGCUGCACCAAAGCCAGCUGGAGCUCCAGGAGGUACGGCUGUCCUACCGGCAGCUGCAGGGGAAGGUAGAAGAGCUCAGUGAGGAGAGAAGUCUCCAAAAUUUCAACACAACCAGCACGUCCCUGCUAUCCGAGAUAGAGCAGAGCAUGGAGGCAGAGGAGCUGGAACAAGAACGAGAACAGCUGAGGCUGCAGCUCUGGGAAGCAUAUUGCCAAGUGCGAUAUCUCUGCUCCCAUCUCAGAGGAAAUGACAGUGCAGACUCAGCAGUCUCCACAGACUCCUCCAUGGAUGAGUCUUCAGAAACCUCAUCAGCCAAAGACGUCCCAGCCGGCAGCUUACGGGCAGCUCUUAGCGAGCUGAAAAGACUGAUACAAAAUGUGCUGGAUGGGGCAGACUCCACGAGCUCUCGACGAAGCGAUGACGACACUUUAGAGGAACAGAUCAGGAGAACAAGCGAGGAUUCGCGAGCCCUGAGGGAAUUAAUGGAGGGAGAACGGGGAAAACUGAGACAGAGUUUGGAGGAGCUGCAGCGACUGCACAGCCAGGUCACGCUGCUGAGUGUGGAAAUGACGACACUGAAGGAGGAACGGGACCGGCUACGAGGUGCUGCUGAAGACAAGGAGACAAGUGAACGGCUCCUGCAGGCCAUCAGGGACCGAGAUGAGGCCAUUGCCAAGAAGAACGCAGUGGAGGUAGAGCUGGCCAAGUGCAAGAUCGACAUGAUGUCCCUCAACAGCCAACUGCUGGACGCCAUCCAGCAGAAGGUGAACCUCUCGCAGCAGCUGGAGGCCUGGCAGGAUGACAUGCACAGGGUCAUUGACCAGCAGCUGAUGGACAAACACCCGAAGGAAUGGAGCCAGCUUGCUUAUUCCUUCUCCAGUGGCUCCAGCGCAAAGCGGAGCGCCAGACCCUCCCCUGCGUUCAGGCCGGAGCAGCAAGGGGACGAGCCCGUGGGGGCAGAAGGGAACCGUCUCUUUUCCUUUUUCAAGAAAAAUUAGGUUGAAAAAGAGAAACCUCUCCAACAAUCCCUGCUUCGAGAUGGGGAGCGGGGCAGCCGCCCCGCUUGCUGAUGGACCCACCCGACUCUGAGCCACUAAGGAAGAAAGGGGCAGAGGAGAUAACCUUGGAGACUCUGCACUAUUUACACCGCACCUGCUCUGAACCAAAUGUUUACAUGAAUUGGAGAUUUGCAAAUCGACGGUGGGAUAAUAAUGGAAAGAAACUUUUCUUAUUCUUUAAGUGAAGUGAUAAACUUCAGGGUAUAUUUUAAGCGCUUUGACACAGUCCAGUUUCUGCUGUGAAGAAUAAGCUGAUUGUCUUAAAAGCAGCACUCUCAUGCUGGAGAAGGAAAUAAGCAGCUCCAAGACAAAGCAGCGCAGGGGACUGAGAACUGCUGCCACAGCGAGCACAGGAGGAAGAAGAGGGCCAAAUGCAAGAGAAGAGAGAGGAGUCACUUACACCGCCCUCCAGUUGUGGCAGCUGUGAUGUCCUUCAUUCAUCCCACUGAGACUGAAGUCGCUCCGGCCCCAGCAUUGCCGUGUUUUCACAGGUGUAGCUUUCUCCGCGGCGAAGGUUGACCCUCACUGCAGAUCUUGCCUGCGCGCCGCUCCCCCGCAGCUCUGCGGAGCCGUUCACCCGGCGCUGGGAAUCCAGGCUCCUCGCGGAUCAGGGCAGUUGUAAGAUUGCUGAUGUUGCUGUCUUCUCGAGCUCCCUCCUGUUAUAGAGACAAGGGCUGCAGAGUCUGUAGUUACACAGAAUGUUAAGGACUGACCAUCUACAACGUUACAAACUGGAUAAAAGUUGUGGGUGUUCAGUCCUGGGGCACCUACUGUCCCUCUGAUGGCCAAAGGUAGCUGUGGAGAUGUAACGAGUCACACAUCUUUCCCUAAAGCCACGUACACCUCCCAAACAGAGCAAGAAACGUGUCGUUUUAACUGGACAGGCCCUUAAAAACUCUAACUAAUAAUUCACUGAAAGCCUAUCUGUAAUGAUGUCAGUAGGUCUUUGAUGCUGGGUUGGCAGACCUGAUCCUCAGACAGCACGCAGGCAUCUACCUUCGCUAAAGCCAAAGGCGAUUAGGGUGUCGACAGAGCUCUGGGAAGCAAGCAGCUCACGCUGCCCCCGCAGCAACACGAGCUGUUGCCCGAGGACAAGCCCUGCCUGGGGGUCAGUUACUGCUCAGCCCUUCAGCCAGCGGGUACCUGAAUCUCAUUUUGGCUGAAGGUGAUCAGAGCCUGCUUUGCUGUGAGCAUGACUUACCAACAAGAAGGAACGUAGCUUAUUUGUUGUAUGCACACAGGGGUGCUGGAAAUCCUGCAAUACUUCAGUAGGGCCUUCCCUAUGCACUGGAUGGGCACCUUAACACAGUCUACCAUCAUAAACCAGCGAGGAAUGCCAGCCUAAGCUCAGAGAUGUCCUCCUGCUGUCAUGCAGUUUUCACACGUUGUCCCAGCUCACAAUGCCGACAGGCCCCGAUUUGUUUCCCUGAAGCUUCCACCUACACUGUCCCACAGGAGACAGAGUUGGGUGCACAGUCAGCUCUGCCCUGCUCAGCAACUUAGGUGCUAGAACACCGUCCUACGGGGAGCUGCUCUCUGCUCGCUAUUUGCAGUGACAAGCUUUCUGCUAGAAUUGGGUAUCAAACACCUUCUUCUAAGCAGCAGAUGAGAGGUUGGUGGCUUGGGUUUUUGUAUUAUUAUUCAGCUUACCUAUGGGAGAGGACACCCAUAAUACCUCAGUACAAAUAUCCUUUCUGCCUACAAAGAUUUCAGCAUUCCCAUAUUUCCUUGUUAGCAUGAAACUACCACACUGGUACGAAAUCAUCUUGCACUGAGCUCCAUGUUGCAAGGAGCAGAGGACUCCUGAGGAUUGAAAACAAUGGUAAAAAGCAGAGUGGUAAAAAACAUUUACUUGAAGGCAACGAAACCUGGAUUGCAGAUUCUGCUCCAGGAGAUACUUGGGGGAAGCACCACCAGUACAACUUAACGCUUACAGGGAAAGGAAUCUGGAGUCAUUACAGGCAGGGAAGGGAACUAAACCUCUCCUCCCCGGCCAAUGCUCAGCUGCUGAGUAUCUGCUUGUAUCCACUGUGCAAGGAGGGAAAGAGACUUAGUGCAGCGCUGAGCACACUCGCAGGAUGGCAAGUUCUCCUGUACCUACGUUGUGGCUCUCAAUAAGGCAGAGACACGAGGCACGCACUCAGCAUCUCCUGCUGUCAGGACUGAGUUAUGCCCAUAUGCAUUAACAUAAACUUUGAUACCUGCAAAAUUAGGCAUGGAUUCAUGGAUGCCAGCGAUACCUGUGAACAGUUGUCUUAUACACUGUUUGAAAACGAUGCUCUGCUUAUUGUGAGAGCCCUGUGAACAUCUUGGUCCUCACAGACCUUUUUUCUGCUGUCAGCUGUCAUUUCCCAGGCCCCAACAGCUCUCUCCAAGCCACAUGCCCAGCAGCUGCGUGGAACUCUACCCCGUGAGGAUGGAUGGAUGCAAUCCCAAGGCAAGGGCCUUAACUUAUCCAACAAAGAUGCAGGAAUGAGAUGAAGAAAGGUGCCUUCUGCUACAUGUUUGCUAAGAGGAAAGUGACUCAUUCAGUUGCAGGGGUAGGCAAUUGAAAUGCACAGCACAUCUCAUCAUUUAAGGAGGAACCUACCUGAACUCCAUCGCAAUUUUAUUUAUUUAAUAACAGUGGUGGAAGAGAUUGCAAGAGGAAAGUCAGCACGCUCUAAGGUACCAGCAGGUAUGGUUUCUUAAAGCUAGUCCCUUAACCCUAAAGACUUAGUUGCACUACUAAACCCAGAAAUACAAGAGAAUUGGGUUUAAUGAACUGGACCACACACCAAAGGAGACCUCCUUGUGCUGAGCUGCUACUCAACAGGAACAGAAACUGCCUUAACAUAGCAGCUAGGUUUUGUUGUUUUGUUUUCUAAAACCUCACUGAUGCAGUCCUUCCCAUUCCCAUUUGUCAUGUUGCGUUUUAACAAGGUCCUGACUAUUUCACCUUGAGCUGCCAUUAAAACACUCAUCUCCAUCCUGUCGUGGCCGGGAGCCUGGAACCAUCCUUGCCGAGUUGGUUCAGAAAAUGCUCCACUUGUGGUAUUUGAUACUUCUAUUACACACACGCAUAAAGGAAACCGGCUCCAGUGAACGAGAUGGAGGGCGCACAUUAAUCCAACAGGUACUCAGGAUGCCAGAACAGAUUGAAGGAGUGGGAUCAGCAGCUCCGGAUACAACACUCACCCUCGCUUUUGAGAUAAUGGUAAAUAAAACAGUAGCGCUGCGCAGUCACUGUUCAAAUAUUGCACAGAGAAGAGAUGCCCGCUGAGAUUAAGGUUACAAAGAAGUUUCCCACAGUCAAGUUAGAAGUGACUGCUGGGACAAGUGUUUAUUAUGGUAGCCUAAGGGAGAAAGGAUCAAUCUUCCUUCAGAAAGCCCUGCAAGGGAACCAACUGUGAACAAGAAAUGAGUCAGUGUAAAUGGAAGGCAAGUCACUAGCACUUUAUCUUAAUACAAACUUAGAUCAGCAGCUUGCCAUGGAGAUGAACAAUAGAUCAAUUAAUGACAAUAGAAUAAUUUUGCACAGAGAAGCAAGGUUCCCGGCAGUGCCGCCUGCCCAAGGACUGGAUAGCUGCACGCGCUUGUCCUACUUAGAGUGGUGAAUUCCAGAUCUGCCUCUACAGCAGGCGAACUCUCGACUCCCCACUCGGCUAUAAAAAGCAAGAUUGUGUUAACCAAAAAGCCAAGAAAGGAAGUGUCUGGGUGCUGCAGCAAUGAUUCCCUUGGAUUGAGAGGGGGAAAGCACACAGCAGGGACAAGCAGAAAGAAUGUAUCUAUAGAUAUGUACAGAUACCACAGUGCUGUAAUUUUUGUAUGUAGCAGUAAUGUAAAUAAAUGUAUGGUUUUUAUAAGAUACAUAUUAUACAAAUCUAUAAAGGCAUAUUUUUAGUAAAAACAAUGCUAUUUCUUUUGUAAAUAGUUCUCUUCAGAAUAAAACAGAUCAUUUAUAAGAUAUGGU